ACUCAUUCAUCGAUCUUGUCAAGCCAAGAUGGCGUCGUUUGGUUUUUGAGAAGAAAGAAGAAUGCAGAUUUAGCUCAUUUAGUUUCCAGUUGAGCAUCAGACGUGAUUGGUCCUCACCAUGGCGACACCCACGCCCCACGCGACGGUGAUCAGUCCACAGGACCUGCUCGCACAGAUGAACAAGUACCGGAGUUACGCCGCCAUUCUCGCCGACACCAACCAGCAGGAUGAACACAGGCUGAAGGUUGCGCAGGAGAUCAGUGAGAAUUUUGAGUCCAUCGUGACGUCUGGCCAGUACCAGUCGUUCCUGGAACAUGCCAUCCCACGCUUCCUCAAGGUUCUACAGGAAGGUAAGACUGUCUUAGAAAGAGACACCAUUUUUGUGCAAGAAAAUCCCAUCCAGCAACUACGGAAACUGCUGUUGGAGAUCAUCCACCGCAUCCCGACCAACGAUCACUUCCGCAUCUACGUCAGCAAAGUGCUGUCCCUCAUGUUCCAGCUUAUAGAGAGAGAGAAUGAGGAGAAUGUUCUGGUCUGCCUGAGAAUCAUCAUCGAGCUGCACAAACAGUUCAGGCCACAGAUCCAGCCGGAGAUCCAGCAUUUUCUCCACAUGGUGAAACAGAUCUACAAGGACCUGCCUGCAAACAUGAACGCGAUGUUUGAGAAGCCGAUUAACGUGACUCUGGACGCGGCGACCGGCCAGCCCGUGGUGCUUCCGCUGUCCGGAACCGUCACCGUGCAGACGGAGAAGGCAGACGGCAGCAAGGAAACUCUGACAGUCCUGUCGAAGGGGAUCAACUCGCUGAAGGUUCUGGCAGAGUUGCCCAUCAUCGUGGUCCUCAUGUACCAGCUUUACAAGCAGAACGUCCACAGUGCCGUGUCAGAGUUCAUCCCUCUCAUCAUGAACACCAUCGUGCUCACUCCUUCAGCACAGGCCAGAGCGUCUCCCCAGUUUAACCGUGAGCUAUACGUGGAUUUCGUUGCGGCUCAGAUCAAGACACUCUCCUUCCUGGCUUACAUCAUCCGUAUCUACCAGGACUCUGUGACGACCUACGCUAACCAGAUGGUGAAGGGCAUGCUGUCCUUGCUGACCAACUGUCCGCAGGAGGUCACUCACCUGCGCAAGGAGCUGCUCAUCGCAGCACGGCACAUCCUGGCAACCGACCUCAGGAACAGAUUUGUCCCCCACAUAGACCGGCUGUUUGAUGAGAAGGUUCUGAUAGGAACGGGCUGGACGACACGGGAGACUCUCCGCCCGUUAGCCUACAGUACCCUAGCAGACCUGGUGCACCAUGUGAGACAGCUCCCGUUAGCCUACAGUACCCUAGCAGACCUGGUGCACCAUGUGAGACAGCACCUUCAGCUGUCAGACCUGGUGCUAGCUGUCCAUCUCUUCUCUAAAAACUUGUAA